UAUGUGUUUGUUGUUGAAAUUGAUGAUGGGUUUUAUGGGAUCAUACAAAAACUGCAGAAACAAAUACUACUCGUACAUUGGAAACCUUUUCCCAACCUUCCUUUUCCUUUCAGUAUUCUAAGUGUACAUGUGUGAUGAAAUGACGAUGGCCCCACAACUACAUCAAUGAAACAAGACCUUGGUCUCAACUUUUCUCUUCCAAACUCCAUUUCUGUUUUCAUCACCAUUUCUUCUUCCUUACCUUUUUGUCCAUACUCAUCAUCACCAUUAUAAAAAAAGAAAAAGAACAAAUAUAUGAUAAGUGGAUUAUAUACGUAUAAAUCCAUAUGGGUUUUUAUCUUGUUUUGUUAGCUUCAUGAUAUUUAAAGCAUAAAGUUUGUGCCUUUAUGAUAUGUCUUAGAAAGUUUCAACUGGGUAAUUUUUUACGAGUAUUUUUUAUUUUGUUGAAUAAAGAUCGGAAGUUUGAGAUACCCUGAAUUCGUAAAUAUUGGUCAUUCUACGGCCUGAUAUGUUGCAUCACUUGUAGAGCAUAUUAUAUUUGUAGGUAAAAAGCUUUGAUUAGAUAAAAGGCCAAGUGUUGUAGCUUUUUUGGGCUUGAAAGGCAGGAUUGCAUGUCUUGUAAGGUGUUGAUGAUCACAUUUCACAAGUAAUUUUGACUACUGCCAAUCACAUUGAUGGAUUAUAUUUUGGUUUGGUUUUGAUGAAAUACCAAGCAAGCAACAGGAGUUAAUUAUUAGUAUAUCAAAAUUAAGAUUAGGCUGAAAGUGACAACAAAGAGUGUGAAUCUUUAUUUGAGGCCAUUUGGAUGAAAAGCGAAAAGGGGGCCAAAAAAAAGUAUUGAUUCCUUGCCAACCAAAGAAUUUUAUAGUUCCUUGAAGUUUACUCUGCUGUAAUAAAGCUUGAGGAUUUGAAAUAGGAAUCUUGUUUUAAGAACAUUUGCCAGCUGCAUAGUUUGUGUUCUUGUUGAUAGCAUCAAAGACCUCUAACCUAAGAUUCUUGGAUGCAAGUAUAUAUGGCGAGUUUGAUGGUGCAGCAGAUUUAAUACCUAAACAUGGGACAUUUGCAGACUGUCAUUAGAUAUGUCAUAUGAUCUAUUAUAGGCUUAGUGUAAUUCUUUGAAGUUGAAAAACCCUCAUUUCACUAUGGCAAAGAGAUCAAAAAGACGCCAGGCACAAGAAAAUAAAGAUCGGGCAGGUUGUAUGUGGGGAUUGAUCAGUAUAUUUGACUUCCGCCAUGGUCGAACCACUAGAAGGUUGCUUUCAGAUAGAAGGAUUGUUGCCAAUAAUAUUGUUGCUUCUGAACUUUCUAUGUCCGAAGUGAAUUUGCUCACGAGUCCUGAAGAAAGACAUACUGAGAUGGGCCAUAUAAAGAAGUUAGUUAAAAAGGGGACUGGGUCAAAUGGGUCGAACAAGCCAAAAUCAUCUAAGGAGGUCAUGCAAAGUGAGAAUCUGAAUCUAGAUGUUAAGACAAGUGUGAAGGCACUCAUGGAAGAAGAGAUGGUCAGUGAACAAGAUUCCACCCAGCAAACUGAUGGUGAUCAGAAAAUCUCUCUUAGUUGUCAAGAUUCAUCUCAGAAAACCUCAGAAUAUGGUGAUCUUGAAGCUCUAAUGAAAGAAAUUUUUCUGAUCUAUAAGAAUAAUGGGCAUUCUGAUCUUGAUGAAAGGCAAAAUCACAGCUUUUCCAUCUUUGAAGAGAAAAUGAGUGCAGCAAUUGAAGUGUUCAUGAAUGAAAAGCCGUGUGAUGAACGUUCCAAAGAUUUCAUUGACACAUUUCAGAUGUUAAGUUCUAACAAGGAAUUGUUCUUGAAACUUCUUCAAGAUGAAGCUUCAGUUAAUGUAAAUGAAGAAGAAAAGUCACCGGAAAAGUCAAACCAGUCAGAAAACGAGCCAACCAAUCCAAAACCAGAUGUACCUAUAACUCGAAAAAACAGAACAUUCUUUAGAAGGAGGAGCAAGUCACAGGAUAGUAUGCCAAUAAGCAGAAUCGUCAUUUUAAAGCCCAAUUCUUUGGAUAAUAGAUUCAAAAUGGAGAAUGAUGUUCAUUCUGAAAGUAUCUCUUCUCAUUUUUCAUUCAUGGAAAUAAAAAAACGGCUUAAAAAUGCUAUGGGAAAAGAGCAUCAGAAACGGAGAGGUAAUGAGAAGACAGUUUUUGAAGGAAGUAAUGGAUGGAGUUCUCCCAAUAGAGACCAUUUCUAUACUGAAAGAUUUACUAAAAAGAUAGAAAGAGUUUCAAAGUUAAAAGAAUUUGAAGUAAAACAAAGAGAAAGUGAAGAAAACGUUGAUUCUGGUCGUCAUAUAUCUCACAUUUACCUUGAGGCCAAGAAACAUUUAUCAGAACUGAUAAGUGGUGGUGAUGAAGAUGCAGAUUUGAUGAUGGAGAAUUUACCGAAAACUCUAGGAAAGAUUCUUUUGUUUCCAGAUUACAGCUCUCUUUCUCCCGGUGCCAGUCCUAGAAAAGAGCAAGCAUAUGGCUUCACGACAGCUCAAACGAGUUUGGGUCCUGAUGGGACUUUUAAUUCUGCCAACGAGGGUCAACAAUGCAUGGCUAGUGUUGAUGUUGAAGAGAAACUGAAAGUGUCUGAUGAAGUCAGUCAUGAUGCAUGCGUGGGAGGUUCUCCAUCUUCUGUGAUGGAAGAUACAAGUCCUCAAGGAGUCCUAGACAUCGCAAAACCAGAAGAACGAGAAGCAAUUGAAGUUUUGGAUUAUUAUUGUGAACCAAGUAGUUCUCUGGAAAGCAUAGAGGAUGAACAAUCUGGUGAGAUAGUAAAAGUAUCUGAUCAAGAAAAAUCUUUCACGGGCUUCAUAGCGGAUUUACAUGAAGAAGAUGAGUUUUAUUCUCCAUUGAGAUCUUCGUUUGGUAACACGAAUGAAGAACCCGGUAGUACUUCCAACGAUAAAACUGGCAGGCCUAGUCCUGUAUCCGUUCUUGAGCCAUUUUUUUCAGACAACGAAAUCAGCCCUGCAAGCACUGACUAUCGCCCUGCCGAAUAUGGAAUUCAACCACUCUGCAUUAUGUUUGAAGAUGAAGAUAUAUGUUCAAGAAACUGUAUGGAAAAUGAGGAAUCUGCAUUUGAAUAUGUUGAAGCCGUGUUGCUAGCUUCUGAUCUUAACUGGGAUGAAUUUGAAAAGAGGUGGCUUUUAUCAAUGCAAAUACUCGAUUCAUCGUUAUUUGAUGAAUUAGAAAUCUUUUCUAGCUAUCCCUCUUAUGACCAGCGACUUCUCUUUGAUUCCACUAACGAGGUUCUCAAAGAGGUAUGUGAUUGUUACCUUGACGUCUUUCUUCAGUUAUCAUUCACCAAACGAAAAAUCCAGCCAAUUCCAAAAGGGGUGAAUCUGAUACAUGAGGUAUGGGAAAGAAUUGAACUACAUUUGAAAAACAAUUAUCCACUUUCUUUGGAUCAUCUGGUAAAAAAAGAUUUGGGAAUAUCAAGAACAUGGAUGGAUCUUCGUACUGACUCAAAAGCAUUAGUAUUUGAAAUUGACGAAUCAAUCUUUGAAGAUAUGAUAGAUGAUACUCUCUUGAGCUUAGUCAACAGUUGUUUCAGAGUUGAAACAUAUAUAUCAUGAAUACAAGUGUAUUGGAUGGAUGAAACACUUGGUUUUUCUAACUAGGUGACAGACAGACAGUAUUUGACCAUGUAGAUUUUGGCUUGUUUGAGUGAGUGUGCUUUAGUUAUGUUUGUUAAUAUACAAUCUUUUUGGUUAUUUUCACAUUGUAGUUGUAGACUUAUAGUUACAAACUAUAUAAAUGGGAUUUCCCAUCCAAUAAUACUUGAAGUAACUUUUCGUACUA